AUGUCCAACCAGCAGGUGGGCACGGUGUUCGAUCGUGUCAUCCAAGAAGUCUGCGAUGGUUCCCAGGUAGAUUUCGAGGAGAGCGGAGUGGACCAGCAGACAUUGCUAGAUUUGAGGAAGAGCUGGCAGAAAAAACUCUCGUCCCUGGGUGUCGCUCAUUUCCCCUGGGACCCUCCACCACCCCAACCCGCCCCUCCUCAGCCUCAGAACCAGAACCAAAUCCUCCCCCCUAGUGCGACCGUACCCUCUAAUGCUCCUCGACCCGCUCCUGCUCCUCAAACCCCUCAACAACAUGUCCCCCCUCCGCAGUCAAUGCCUCACUCGAUGCCUGGCACCGCGCCUCCGUUACAAGUUCCAACACCGGUCGGGGCAGCGCCAAAUGCCAUGGGCCAAGCGCCGCACAUCAAGACGGAGCCUGGAAUGAACGGCCAAACCACUUUGCCCCCUAUGAGUAACAUGAUCCCUACGAACAUUCCAAAUGCCCAGUCGGCGCGAGAACGUGCUGCCAACAUGCUACACCAGAGAUACGGCGCGGCCGCUGCCAACUCGGUCAGUCAGUUGCAAGCCCAGUCUCAAGCUGCCAUGGCAAUGCCAGGACAGGCUCGCCCCCAAAAUCUACCGCAUGUACCAAAUGGACAGGCGCCACAUAUCAAGCAAGAACCAGGUUACCCUCCCGUUUCUCAACCCCCCAUGAACAAUACACAAACAGACGGUGCCAGCGACGAUGCAUUGUCUGCAUGGAAAGCAGAGGUUGCGCGAAGGCGGGAGGCCGCUGAUCGUCAGAAUGGGGAAGGCGAUAGGGUUCUCCGUGAGCAUCUGAAACAGCGCAUGCUUCAGCUCGAGGGUGGAGGCCUUCUGCUGCCAUUAGAGGAGCGCCAGGACUCUUCAAUAGCACCUACCCAUGAACUUGCGACAGACGCCGCGGUUCCUUCGGACCCAAGCGCCUCGGCAUCGUCUUCCUCUAAAGUAGUCCGAGCUCAAUAUGACGGCCCGGGAGGUGAUGAUGAGAGGGAUGAAGACGAUGAAGAUGCCAUCAACUCCGACCUCGAUGAUCCUGACGACCUCGUUGCUGAUGACCAUGAAGCGGAAGAUGCCGUCGGCCAAGUCAUGCUCUGCACGUACGACAAGGUCCAGAGGGUGAAGAACAAGUGGAAGUGCACCCUGAAGGAUGGCAUUCUGACGACUGGUGGUAAAGAAUAUGUCUUCCACAAAGGCCAGGGCGAGUUCGAGUGGUAG